CUACUUCAUAAACUCCAUUGAACUGUUUCCCUCCCACAACACACACAACAACACCGCAAUCAUGGAGGUUCUGCUCGGCAUCACCGGCAAGGACUUCACCAUUAUCGCCGCCUCGAAAGCGGCCAUGCGAGGCGCAACCAUUCUCAAAGCAUCCGAUGACAAGACGCGCUCGCUGAACAAGCACACACUCAUGGCCUUCGUGGGAGAAGCCGGCGACACGAUCCAGUUCGCCGAAUACGUCCAAGCCAACGUCGCCCUCUACAGCAUGCGCAACGGCACCGACCUCACCCCCAACGAGACCGCCUCCUUCGUCCGCUCAGAGCUCGCAAAGUCCCUGCGAUCGCGCUCACCCUACACCGUGAAUCUGCUGCUCGGCGGCUUCGACCAUCACACCAAUAAGCCCACGCUGCACUGGAUCGACUACCUGGCGUCGUGCGCUCCUGUCCCAUACGCCGCCCAUGGCUACGCACAGUACUACUGCUUGUCAACAUUAGACAAGCAUCACCACCCAGACAUCAGCUUCGAGCAGGGCAUGAAGAUCUUGAGAAUGUGCACGGAUGAGCUGAAGCGGCGGCUGCCUAUCGACUUCAAGGGGGUGCUCGUGAAGGUGGUGGAUAAGGAUGGCGUGCGGGAACUAGAUUACGACGAUUCGCAGCAAGUGCUAGCACCAUAGAAAGACGAUUCCCGAUGCGAAUCUGUGGUGGUAGAACGCUGAUGAGGAGCUCGCAGCCAGAAGCUGCUAGAUACGAAUACGAAUGUAUUAUAUGAUGCCCA